AGAGAAUCUACCAGGGAGCCCUUGGCAUUCUACCACGCCUCAACGUGCCAGGGGGCCACGGUGGCGGAUGCUGGACGUCCACGGGCUCGAGGUAGUCAACCUGGGCGUGGCGACCCCAUUCUUCUCGCACGACCCGAACCGCCCCAUCCGCGAGGUCGUCAUCCUCUUGGGCGGGCCGUCCGGCAUCGACAAGAAAGCCCUGGAGCAGCUCCAGGGCGUCCUGAACGACAAGGACGGCGGCCUCGACGGAGGCACCUUUGCCAUCAAGCUGCCCGGCGGCAAGCAACACUCCUGCGUGGCCCUCGGCGAGCUCCUCGCGCUCCACGACGGCGGACGGCUCCUGCCCAUGCUGGAGGACUGGCGCCUGCUCGGCACCGCGCGGUACGGCGACUGGGUCCGCCGCGCCCGCGAGGCGCUCUGCGGCGUCGCGGGGGCGCGGCGCGGCGCGGCCGCCAAGACACGGGCGGUGGAGGCCUGGCGCGGCCGCGCGCUGCGCUCCGCCGGCUCCCCCGUGCCGGGGCUGGAGCGGGCGGCCCCCGCGGCCCUACCCGCGGCCAGAGAGGCCACGCCCGCAGAGGUGUGGAGGCGGGUGGCCCUCCUGGAGCAGCAGGGGCUGCUGCCGCACCGCCGCAGCUGGCGGCUGCGGAUGUCGCUGCAGGCAGCGCCGCCGCACCUGGCGAUCGCCGAGCUCGCCCGCUUCGAGCACACGGCCCGCGCCGCCGCCUCGUGUGGCGCGCCCCUGGAGGACCCCUCGGUCGACCUCGCGGAGCUGCUCGACUCGCUGGCGCAGAGCGCUCCCCGCGAGGAGCGAGCGCGCCACACCGAGCGCGCAGUCCUCGAGGCCCUCGCCGCCCGCAGCGGGCGCGGCGUGCGGGCGGCGGACCACCGCGCGCUCGGCCGCUUGCCCUGCUCCAGGGCGCUGCGGCUGCUCGAGGAGCUGGAGGGCGGCCCGCUGGAGGGCCGGAUCCCCGCCGCCGUCGAGGAGCACCUGGCCGCCCUCGAGGCGCUGGACGACUGGGAGGCACAGGGGGGCGGCGCGCCGCGGCAGAGGGCGGAGGACGGAGGGGCGUCCUCCGAGGCCGCGGAGGCGGAGGAGGAGGAGGGAGAGUCGCAUGGCUGGCGCUCGGGGCAGCCGGACGCCCCAGCUGCCGAGGGCCCCCAGCAGCCGUGCAUGCCGCCCCCUCAGAGACUGCUGCGGGAGAGGGGCGGCGGCCGGGGUUGGCAGCAGGGCGGCCGCCAGCCGUGGAAGCAGCAGCGCCGAGGCUGAAGAGCGGCCGGCGCCGCAGCUGCUCGUCGUUGCUGUCACCACGUUCACCACCGCUGCGACGUCGUCGCCGUCGCUCGUGCCGUUAGCACCGCUGCAAAGCUAGGCUAUGCCUCCGCUUCUCGUCUUGUCUGCCGUCGCCGGCGUUAUCGCUGCUGGAGUCAGCCGAAUCAGCUGUCGCUAGAUUAUGCUAGCUUCUCCAGCGCCAACGUCGUGAAGUGAUCUGGUCCUUGAUCUGCUAACCGCAUGUGACGGAGG